AUGUUGGCAGAGGGCCUUCAUCUCAGGCCGCUCGAUAAUAUCGCCGCCUCGGUUGCAAAGUUGCAUUUCAAUUGUGUGCGUUUGACUUACUCAAUCCACAUGUUCACACGCCACGCCAACUUGACUGUUCAACAAUCCUUUGAGAACUUCGAUUUUAAAGAGGCCAUGGCAGGCAUAGCCAGAAACAAUCCUUCUAUAUUGAACUUGACACUCGUUGAGGCAUAUGAAGCAGUAGUUGAUUCACUUGGUGUACAUGGAAUCAUGGUAGUUUCGGACAAUCAUAUAAGUCAACCUAGAUGGUGUUGCAGUGUUGAUGAUGGCAAUGGCUUCUUUGGAGAUCGCUAUUUCGAUCCUCAAGAAUGGCUACAAGGAAUCCGUUUGGCGGCUCAAACCCUAAAGAGCAAAUCCCAGUAUCAAACAACGGUUGCUCUCAACACAGAUCCAAAUUCAAAUAUGACAACAUCGUUCACAAUAUACCAUCCUUCGAGUGGUGAAUGUGUGCGAAUGAACAAAAAGCAUCAACUAACGAUCGGUAGUUGUAAGACUUCUAAUCGUUGGAACCAUGAAGAAGACGAUGCACCAAUUAGGUUGGCAGGAUCUAUAUUGUGUUUAAAAGCCGUCGGAGAUGGGCUCUAUCCAAUUCUCUCCCGAGAUUGCUCAAGCAGACAGAGUGCUUGGAAAUACGCUUCAAGCACGAAGCUUCAACUAGCCACCAUUGAUGAACAAGGACAAGCCUUGUGCUUGCAAACUCCUUCUCGUUCUCGUCUAAUUGUGACUAACAAGUGCACGUGUCUGAGUGACUCUCAAUGUCAAGGAGACCCAUAA